AUGGUGUGGGAAAGAUUAACGAGAAUUGAGAUUGAAAGAAAUGCUCCAUGGAUGAUGACAGGGGACUUUAAUGAGUUGGUGGAUCCCUCAGAGAAACAGGGUGGUAAUGAGAGAAGUGAAGACACAUGUAAGGAAUUCAAACAGAUGUUGAAAACAAGGAAUGAGGAGCUGGUGAAAUGUAGACUGGACAAAACGGUAGCUAAUCAAGCUUGGGCCGAGAUGUUUGAUCAAGCAAAGGCUAACUAUCUCCAACGGGAGAGCCCAAAAUCGCAUCAGGGUAAAGAGUGGUUUGCGGAGAAGGAUUUUGGAAGGAUUGCAGAAAAAUACUUUAAGACUCUCUUUAGUUCUGAAGAUAUUGGGGUCUGUGAGAAUAUUCUUAAUGAGAUACAUAGGUACGAGAAGAGGAUUUCUCAGGCCCAGAAUGAUGAUGUCAUCAAGCCUGUAUCUAGAGAGGAGGUGAAAAAGACGGUCUUCGAUAUCAACCCGAGUAAAUGUCCGGGCCCAGAUGGUAUGAAUGGGUUCUUUUAUCAGCAGUUUUGGGAGGACAUUGGGGAUGAGAUUACAAGUAUGGUGCAAGACUUCUUCACGACUGGUAUUAUGGGGAAUGGAGUUAAUAAGACGAUUAUUUGUCUAAUCCCAAAGAAGAUGAAGGCAAACAAGAUGGCUGAUUUUAGACCAAUCAGCCUAAGUAAUGUAGCGUACAAGGUUAUUGCUAAAGUCUUGGCGUCCAGGAUUAAGGGUCUGUUACCAGCAAUUGUAUCAGAAUUGCAGGCUGCAUUCGUGAAAGGGCGUCUAAUCACCGACAACAUACUGGUGGUUCAUGAACUUCUUCACGCACUAAGAUCCAAGAACAAGUGCUCGGAGGAAUUCAUAGCAAUAAAGACGGACAUAUCCAAAGCGUAUGACAGGGUUGAGUGGAGUUUUUUAAGGAUGGCUCUUAGAAUAUUGGGUUUCAACGAAUGGUGCAUUCACCUGAUCAUGAUGUGUGUGAAGACGGUCUCUUAUCAGGUACUCAUAAACGGUCAAGCAGUCGAGAAUGAUGCAGAAUUAGGCGUUUUGGUUGGAAUCCUUGAUUUGUAUAGCCUUGCUUCUGGCCAAAGAAUUAAUUACCAGAAAUUGAGUGUGUACUUUGGCAAACUAAUCCCAGAAGAAAGAAGGGCUGAUAUUAAAAGUAAACUGGAGAUAGACCAAGAAGGUGGGGAAGGCAAUUAUCUUGGGAUGCCUGAAUCUUUUAGUAGUUCCAAGGUGUCGAUAUUUAGCUGUCUUAAGGAGAACCUGGAGAACAGAGUGGGUAGUUGGCAGAACAGAUUUUUGUCGCAAGGAGGGAAGAAAAUUUUGUUAAAAUAUGUCGGUCAAGCCCUUCCCACUUAUACUAUGCGCUGCUUCCUCUUGCCAAAGAUGGUCUGUAAGGAGAUUGUUCAGGUCAUGGCUGAUUUCUGGUGGAGAAAUAACCAGGAGAAGAGAUGUAUGCACUGGAAGACCUGGGAAUAUAUGAGCAAGGCCAAGAUCCAUGGUGGGAUGGGUUUUCGAGAUUUGGAGGCUUUUAAUGUGGCUUUUUUGGGCAAACAAUUAUGGAGAAUAAUAUCCCACCCUGAGUCUUUGAUAGCUAAGGUAUAUAAGGCAAGGUACUUCCUUCAUUCUGAUCCGUUGAAUGCAAAGCUAGGUUCUGGACCUUCAUAUGCAUGGAGGAGUAUUCUUGCGUCACAGAACUUUAUUAAAAGAGGUGCAAGGGCGAUUAUUGGUAAUGGUCAAAAGACAUCAAUUUGGGGUGAGCAGUGGAUUGAGAGGAAGCCGGCUAAACCAGUUUUGGCAACUAAAUGGGUGCAACCGCACCUACGCCAUGUUGUUAAUGAGUUAAAUAUAGUUGGAGACAUGCUCCAUAGUAAUGGUCGAGAAUGGAAUAUGGAGUUCCUUGGGGCGUUUCUGACGGAUGAGGAUAUUGCUCGAGUGCAAAGUAUACGACCUGGUGGCCGCUUUAGCGAAGAUAGAUAUUCAUGGGAUUUCACAAAUCGGCCGGAACAACAACUGGUAGAGAUUAACCAGCCAAGUUUGGACUGUUUAUUCCAAGAGGUGUGGAGAUCUGAGACAAGUCCGAAAGUUCAGCAUUUUCUUUGGAGGUGUCUGUGUAAUUCACUCCCUGUUGCUGUGAAUCUGGUUAACAGACAUAUAGCUAAAGACCCUAUGUGUCCUCGAUGUCAAGAUGGAGUUGAGGAUGUGAACCAUGUUCUUUUUGAGUGCCCUUAUGCUCGCCUGAACUGGGCCAUUUCCCCUGUUCCUGCUCCUCCGUAUGGAAUAAUGUCUAACUAUAUCUUUUCAAAUUUACAUAGAGUUCUUAUCUUUGCUAAUAAUCAACCUGUCUUUAAGGAAGCAAAGAAAUUUGUCCCAUGGUUGGUUUGGAGGUUGUGGAAAAAUCGAAAUGAUUUCAUUUUCAAAGAGAAGGAUUAUGACCCUCUGGCAUUGGUUCAAAAAGCUAUGGAAGAUGCUGAGUUUUGGUAG